GAUAUUGUCUUUAACACCUACACAUCUAUACACACGCAGAUAGAGAACUCGCCACCGCUGAGCAUCCCUCCUCUUCCCCGUCCUCCCCUCCCUCAUCACCCCCCCCCCCUUCCCUCCCCUCAGCCUCACCUCUUCACACACCUGAAGAAAAGUCAAGUUGAAACUCUCACACAACAUGCCGCGGAGGAAGCAGCAAGCACCCAAACGGGCUGCAGUUUAUGUUCCAGAUGAGGACUUGAAGACAGGAGAACUGAGAGAAAGAGAAGAUGCCAGCCCUUCUGCUGCAGAAUUGCAAGGUAAUGGUUAUAUGUGCACUGAAGAGGAAGAGGAGGAGGAGGAAGAAAGCAAAGGCAGUUACAGCUACCAGAAUUCCCCAGUCAGUGCAAUGUCCAAUCAGGAUGCAGAGUGUGAAUCCCACCUGAGUGAUACCAGUGACAGAUUGGCUGACUUUAAAAGUAUUUCUUCCAGGGAUGGACAGGAAAAGGAAGAACAAUCAAAUGGAGAGUUAAAGAAUGGCCAGCAGAACAGUUUAGGAGCAAUGAGAGCUGUUUAUGCAAGCUUUCUGUCUGAUUCAUAUUGGUCAAGUCUGGGAUUUGACCUCAAACAAUCAAAGACUGAAAGGACAAGCUGCAAGAGCAGCAAUGAGAGCACCAAAAGUAGUUUUGAUUGGCACCAAGAUGCAUUAUCCAAAACAUUUCAGCAAACAUCCUCUGGCAGGCCAGUGCCUAAACCAAAUCUUUUCAGUUCAGUGCAGUUGUACAGGCAAAAUAACAAGUUGUUUGGGACUGUUUUCACAGGUGCCAGUAGGUUUCGCUGCAGAGAAUGUAGUGCAGCAUAUGACACUUUGGUAGAGCUAACUGUACACAUGAAUGAUUCAGGACAUUACCAAGAUGAUAAUCAUGAAAAGGACGUGGACCGCAACAGCAGUUGGACAAAGACACGAAAACGGGCUUUGCAGGACAUUGAUGGGAUGCAUGAUGCCCAGAAAGUUUUAAAGUGUAUGUACUGUGGACAUUCAUUUGAUUCCCUCCAAGAUCUGAGUGUCCAUAUGAUCAAAACAAAACAUUACCAGAAAGUGCCUCUGAAGGAACCUAUGCCACCUAUUGGAUCAAAGUUAGUCCCUCCGACAAAAAAACGAGCCCAGCAUGAAGUUAAUCAGCCUUGUUCGCCAGAUUCAACAACUGGAGUUGCAGGUACUUUUGCAGGUGAAGCACAAAAGAAUUCAAAUCCCUAUGUGUCAUCUAACAAUCGCUAUGGUUAUCAAAAUGGUGCCAGCUAUACCUGGCAGUUUGAAGCCUGUAAGUCUCAAAUCCUGAAGUGCAUGGAGUGUGGAAGCUCGCAUGAUACAUUACAGCAGCUCACAGCUCAUAUGAUGGUAACGGGGCACUUUCUUAAGGUAACAAACUCUGCAUCAAAGAAAGGAAAACAGAUUGUUUUUGACCCUUUGGCUGUCGACAAAGCACAGUCAGUCACUGAAGGGCCAUCAAAUGAAACCCAACCAUUGGCGCCAGUCAGCAAAUUGCCUCCAGAUUCAUUAACACCCUCAGUGUCAGAAGAUAACAAAACCCAUGAAGAAAAGCAAGAAAUAUCAGAAGACAUGGAAAAACAGCAAAAAGAUAAAGAUGAUUGCAAAGAUGACAACCUGGAAAAGAUCUUUGAUCCUACACUUCAGUAUCAAUAUAUAAGAGAGGAAGAUCUAGAAGAGAGCUCAAAGGGGGGUGGAGAUAUUCUUAAAUCCCUGGAAAACACUGUUACUUCAGCCAUCAACAAAGCCCAAACUGGGAGCCCCAGCUGGAGUGCUUAUCCUAGCAUUCAUGCUGCCUAUCAGCUCCCUGGUAUUAUUAAACCUGUGCAACUUGGUACACAAAUAUUACAAGUUAAGCCAAACCUGAAACCAAUAGCUCCAAAAGUCAGAUAUUUCUCUGUUAUUACAAGUAACCAAAACCAACCCCUUCAAUCCAACAAUGACCAAAUUAAGGAAGAGCCUAUUAGUCCAUCUCAUGAACAACUUUCAUCCAAAUUGGAAGAAAGCAAUAUUGAGAAAAAGGAUCCAAAAUUAAAUCUUCAAUCUGGGGUAAUUUCACCAUGUAAAAUGGAAUGUGAGAGCCCAAUAAAAACAGAAAUUCUGCCUGAUCAGCCAAGGACGCAUUCCCCUUGUUUGAAAGAUGCUGAAGAAGCAAAAGAAAGGUUCAAGAAAGAGCCUGUAAAAAAUGACACAGGCUCUCCAAAUUUUUCAAUGACCAAUGGUUGCUCUGGAAUGACUGUUAUCACAGACCAUCCAUCUGAACAACUUUCUGUCAGUCCACUUAGUGCAUUGCAGUCUAUCAUGAACACUCAUCUUGGCAAAGCUGCCAAGCCCCUUAAUUCAAACUCUGACCCUGUAACUAUGUUAUGUAGACUCAAUAAAAGUUUACUGGAGAAAUCAGCUUCACCACCAAGUUUAGUCAAGCCAUCUAAUCUUGCUGAUCGAUAUUACUAUGAAAGUAGUGAUCAACCAAUAGAUCUCACAAAGUCUAAGAGUGACAAAGCUGCCCAAUCAAACCCAGUCAAACCCUUUACUUCACUACCUUCCAAACAUGCUCUAUCAGAUAUUGCUGACAUGGUAAAGGUCCUCCCUAAAGGCACAACACCAAAACCUUCUACCUCAUCGAAGAUGACAACAGAGAAGUUAGAGACUGAUGUGAGGAGCUUUGAAGAUGUGUCAAUGGAAUUUUUACCAGUUCAGAAAAGAAAAGGUAGGCAGUCAAACUGGAAUCCCCAGCAUCUUCUCAUUCUUCAGGCCCAGUUUGCUGCCAGCCUUUGGCAAACAGGUGAAGGCAAAUAUCUAUUAUCGGAUCUCGGUCCACAAGACCGCAUGCAUAUUUCAAAGUUUACUGGACUCACCAUGACUACCAUAAGUCACUGGCUUGCCAAUGUAAAAUAUCAACUAAGAAAGACAGGUGGAACAAAAUUCCUUAAGAACUUAGACACAGGACACCCAAUUUUCUACUGCAAUGAUUGUGCCUCCCAGUUUAGGACUCCUUCCACUUAUAUUGGUCAUUUAGAAUCCCAUUUGGGCUUCACUAUGAAAGAUAUGGCAAAAAUAUCUGUACAGCAUGCCAGAGGGGAUCAAGAAGUGUCUAAAGUGACACCUGAGAAGUCAGCAGGGCCAUUGGUAACAGAUGAGGACACAGGCAGCAAGUUCCAGUGUAAUCUGUGUAAUCGAACUUUUGCUAGCAAGCACGCAGUAAAACUUCACCUCAGCAAAACGCAUGGCAAGUCACCAGAGAAUCAUUCGCAGUAUGUAACUGAAUUAGAGGAAGAGUAACAACUCAAGGGGCAAAGGUAAACAAUGAUCAUAAUCUGCAGUCCAGGCAUCCUUUUCCCGGCCCUCUCCUGCAUCACUUCAGCUGCGACAUUGAACUCCAAGUGCUCUGACUGCAAAGAGCACUCAACUCCAGCAGUUACUCUUCAUUCUCACUAACAAUUUCGUAAUGAAGUAUUGAUUUUUCACCUCGAUUCUUAUGGAUGUUAUUAGAUUUUCAUUGAUAAACUGUGCUCUGCCUCUCUACUCCCUGCUGUUUCUCUGGAGCACAUAAAAGACAAAGUGUUUCUGUGGGGAAUAAUGGCCGGGAACAUUGAUGUGCUUAUUUCGUCAAUUGGUUACUCCUG